GGCAAGCGCGCUAUAAAAAGUGCUCGUUCAGAAAGCUGGACUUUAACUGUCAUAAAGUCUAGAGAGCAUUAAUAACUCAAUGGCGAGUGUUUUAUAGUUUUAUUUAGUAUGCUAAUAGUUUGUUCACCUGCUGAACACUCAGUUGUUUAUACGAACUCUUUAACUUUAUGCUACCAUUUGCUCUUAGAGUUAGUUGUUUGAAAUAAGGAUGGCUGUGCCUAAAUCUAAAUUAGCGAUAGGGCUUUUAGUUCUGGGAAGCUUGGGAGUGCUGUUCGGGACUGUCCUGGUGUUUGUCGGACCUAUUAUAAUAGACGAUCAAAUAGUCAAGAAUGUCAAGAUUAAUCCGAAGAACGACCUCUCCUACUCUAUGUGGAAGGACAUCCCGGUCCCCUUUUUCAUGUCUGUAUAUUUCUAUCAUGUUGUCAACCCUGAAGAAAUCCUAAACGGAGAGAAGCCCAUGGUUGAACAGAGAGGGCCGUAUGUUUACAGUGAAAACCGCUGGAAGGACAAUAUCACAUUCCACGACAACAACACAGUGUCAUAUCAAGAGUAUCGGCAAUAUUUCUUUGAGGAGAGCAUGUCUGUGGGUGACGAAUCCGAUGUGGUCACUAUUCCAAACAUGCUAGUACUGGGUGCAGCAGUCAUGAUGGAGGAUAAGCCAUAUCCUAUACGAGUAUUGGUCAGCACCACCUUCAAGACCUUUAAUGAGGGUCCUUUCUUGACUAAACCAGUGGGAGAACUCAUGUGGGGCUACGAGAGCAAAUUGGUGGACUUCCUGAACAAAUAUCUCCCUGGAAUGUUGCCGUCCAGUGGGAAAUUUGGCCUGUUUGCUGAAUUUAACAACUCCAAUUCUGGACAAUUCACUGUCUUCACUGGCCAAGAUGACAUCAGGAAAGUUCAUAUGGUGGAUUACUGGAAUGGCCUGAAAAACUUGAGUUACUGGAACUCUGACCAGUGUAACAUGAUCAAUGGUACAGCGGGCCAAAUGUGGCCUCCGUUCAUGACAACGGAGUCCACGCUUCCCUUCUACAGCCCUGAUGCCUGCAGGUCCAUGGAGUUGGUGUACCAAAGGUCAGGUGUAUCGCGUGGGAUUCCUGUAUACCGUUACGUGGCCCCAAAGACUCUCUUUGCCAACGGCAAAGAUUAUCCCCCCAAUGAGGGCUUUUGUCCAUGCAGACAGUCAGGCCUUCUCAACGUCAGCACCUGCAGACACAAUUCCCCUGUGUUCAUCUCCCAUCCUCAUUUCUACAAUGCUGAUCCAGUUCUUUUGGACACUGUGAAUGGACUGAGCCCUAAUGAGGAGGAACAUGGGCUUUUCAUUGAUGUCCACCCGGAGACUGGAGUGCCGAUUAACGUGUCCAUUCGACUGCAGCUCAACCUGCUCAUGAAGAAUGUAUCCGGCAUCUCAGAGACCGGAAAGAUAACAGAGGUGGUGAUGCCCAUGAUCUGGUUUGAAGAGAGCGGAUACAUUGAUGGUCCUGUCUUGAACACUUUCCGCACCAAUCUGGUGGUGUUGCCCAUGGUAAUGGAGUACAUGCAGUAUAUUUUCAUUGGACUUGGGCUUGCAACCAUUUUGGGAGCUGUGGUGUUAUUCCUCAGUGACAAGGAAAGCAUAAAAGAUACAAAACUUGACCCGAGUACCAAUAAGAUGCAGGCUGAAAAGUAUUUCACAAAUGAUACAGAUAAAAAGUAAGAUGGGUGGCCAGUGUUGCACAGAUGUGGAUCCAGUCAGCUCAACCAGUGAAAAGGCCUCAUUGCUUCAGAACACCAAGAACUAAAGUGGACAUCCACACUAUGAAGCUUACUUUCAUUAUACACACAGUGCCUCACAGUCCCCUGGGUAAUAAAUAAAAAUUGUUUUAAGUGUUUGGGGUGAUGAAUGAACUGGAUGGUAACUAGUAGAGACUAGGUAUCAUUAUGAAGGGGAUUUAGUGUAAAAUAUAAAUUUUUGAAGUGGUGAUAUCUGCACUGUGGUUGGGUCAAAAGUGCUACAUGCUGUCAGUACUGGAAUUUUUGUCCGCAAAAGUUACCAGAUCUGUGUUCUGGUCAGAUUAUAUUAAGGUCUCUUUUGUAUAUUUCAGCAUUUCAUUUUUACUGUCUGACACUUCACUUUUAAUGGAAUACAAUAUACUAGAUGCUGUAUUUGAAAUGGUGCAUUCACACAAAUUAAACGCUGACGAAAUUCUCCAGUGGAUGGAUUCAAAUGGCUUGUCCAUGAUCCUGUAAAUAAGGAAGUGCUGUGAAAUAAUGUGUCGUUGACUGAAAUGUCCCUAGAAAGCAGAAAACAUGCUGAGCCAACAUGCUAAUUUCUCUAUAUGAACUUACCGCUUUCAAGUGUGUUAACGUAUUCUCUCUGUAAAGGCACUUAUGUAAUUAAUGUGAAAUUCUUUGUUUUGUGUCUUGAUAAUUGUUAAAUGUAAAAUAUCUAGUUUGUGACUUUUUCAAUAAUUGCCUUCACUGUCAAACAAAUUAUAUAUAAUUAAAAAUGUUGAUUUGAUACCAAAUUUGUAUGAUUUACCAAAUCUCUCUCUCUAGAUUUUAAAUGUGUAAUUUUAUAUAGAUAAAGUUAAACUUGCAUGACAACUUUUUAAAUACCCUGGACACAUAUUUGAGUUAAUAUAUACUGUUUCUAUUUAACUUUGGGUACAAAUCUAAUAAACCGUACAUGAUUACGAGUCCAUAAUACAUAUAAUUUCUCAUUAAAUAAUGCAAAUUAAGAAGGUCUAUUAAAAAGCUAUAUCAAUCAGAUAUGACAUUGUUUUUUAUUUAUAAUAACAAAUUCAACAUGGUGAUAAUGCAUUAAUUUGUUUAUAAGAAAAAAAUACAAAAUAUAUAUUGCAAUGGACA